AUGGCCGAUCCAUUCAGCAUCAUUGGCCUUCUUGGCGUCGCAGCCCAGUUCAUUCAGCUCGCCGUUGAUUUUGGCAGCGACUGGAAAGACGUACCUGAUGAUACAAGAGCACUCAUCACCGAACUCCAGGGUCUUAAAGCUGUGCUGUCGGUAACACACAUCAACAUCCUCAUUCAUGAUGACUUUCGCGAUGCCUUCCUGGGUCGUCGAGCAGUGAGUCUCUCUCAUCCAGGCAUCGCUGACCCCAACACAACCACGGUAGAAAUGGUAUCAUCGUGCAAGAAAGGGCUCGAAGAUCUCCUCAAAGCCCUGAGGCAAUGUGAAAGAGGUCAUCGAGUUGGAUGGCAGCGCAUCAAAGGAGCAUUUAACGCCAAAGCAACACGAGACAAAGUUGAGGAUCUUCACCGCCGAUGCGAGAUCUUGAACAAGAUGGUAUCAAUCGGCUUUCAAGCUGCGACCUACAAUGAAGUCAAGGCGAUACGAGAGGAGCAGCGAGACUGGCGCCAGAGCGAAGAGAAUAAAGGAGUCCUCGCCUGGCUAUCCGGCCUGAGCUUUGAGGACACACACCGAGCUGUCCUCACCAAGCGCCAUCCCAAUACAGGACAGUGGUUCCUGGAUAAGGAUGAAUUCACGCAGUGGCGGGACGGCCAGUCCAAUAAAAAACUUCGGCACUUUGGUGUCCUGGAAUGCAUUUUCUGUUCAGAACUAACAGAACCUAGCUCAGUUGUCAUUGAUCAUCUGCGGCAGCAGUUCGAUGAUGCUACAAUCGGCAUAGCUUUCGUAUACUGCGACUAUAAAGACCGGCUGAACCAGACCCCGAGCAACCUCCUCUCUAGUCUCGCCAAACAGCUCGCGAGACAAAAGCAGGUCUUGCCAAAAGAGGUCAAGGACCUUUACGACAAGCAUGCAAACAAUGAGACUUUGCCAUCUCUGGAUGAGUAUUCCACUUUGUUUUCGCAACUUGUGACCUCUUUCAGCCAGACUUUCGUCAUCGUCGAUGGUCUCGACGAACAUGUUGGAGAAGAAGAUGAUGGUUCCCUCAAUACGGACUUCAUUGACCGGCUACGACAAGUUGAACAGCAAGACGGCAUGAAUGGUCGCAUGAGACUCUUCGUGACUUCGAGGGGGAAUGAUACCAUUCGAGAGCAUCUGGAUGGAUGCGUUUCCAUCAACAUCCAUGCACUGGCCUCAGAUAUUCGCACUUUGGUGAGAUCCCGCAUCUCUGAUAACAACUUCAGAUAUUCAAGGGCCCUACGGGAGAACCAGAGAGAUCUUGCCGAUAAGAUUGUUGAGGCGUUGGCAGAGAAAGCUCAAGGAAUGUUGGCCUCUCCGUUCUUACUCGCGCAUCUUCAUGUGGAUCAACUUGGGAGGCAGACAAACAUACGAGACCUCAGGAGAACACUGAAUAAUUUGCCUAGACCAAGCAAGAUCAACAGCCUCUAUGAGGGUGCCAUGGAGCGAAUCAACAGGCAACCAGAAGGAGAUAAGAAUCUUGCAUUAAAAACAUUGAGCUGGGUCGUUAGGGCGCGUCGACCGCUCCUCUUAAGCGAGCUACUCAUUGCACUUGCUCUCAAUCCCGAAGAUGAUGACCUAGACGAAGACUCCAUCCCCGUUGAUUCUCUGAUUGCUUCACUCACGGCCGGACUUCUCAUCAUGGAACCAACAUCGACCGAUCAAGACAAGAUAGUUCGACUAGCACAUUUCACGGUUGCUGAGUACUUCAAUGACGAGGGAAGUCAAUAUCUCAUUUACACGGAGGACCACUUGGCAGAGACUUGCCUCAACUACCUCUUGUUCGAGAACAUGGAGCCAGACCUUCCAACGCGUCAGUCCGACCCGCGAUAUGGCUUCUACGACUAUGCUGCCAAUCACUGGGGACACCAUGUUCAAGCAGCCUCCACCAGCGACCAAAAUUCGGUAAUGAGAUUUCUCAGCAAUGAAACCAAGGCCAAGACCUGUUGCACAGCUUUAAACGAAUAUCUGAACUGGCCCGAAUCCAAAGCGUUAUAUCUCACGGCACAUUUUAAACUCGGAGAAUCGAUGCGUGCUCUUAUUACAGCAGGAUGCGACAUCAACGCCGCAACUCCCAAGGGAUGGACCCUACUGUUGUCCUUUGUGGAAAGGGGCCAAGAGGCAGUUGUCAGACUUCUCCUUGAUAACGGCGCCGAUAUCAACCCCAGAGCGACGCAAGGGAACAUAUCACUGAGGGAACCGCUCGCGAUUGCCGCAGAGCAAGGGAACCAGGCUAUGGUCCGGCUCCUUCUUGACUAUGGCGCUGAUCCCAACGCCGAAGUCCAAGGCGGCCAAGAAAUCCGGAGGGAAAGGACUGUGCCACUUGUUAAUGCUGCAAAGAACGGACACAUUGAGGUUAUUGAGAUGCUACUGGGGAUGGAGGGCAUCCGUAUCAACGAAAUGGUUGAAGGUCGCAAGACCGCAUACUAUUGGGCCAUGGUGAGAGGGCACCGCGAGGUGGCCCGGCUGUUGCAGAGCCGUGGCGGGACUCUUUGA